CGUCAUUCGCCGCUCCCAACCUCCCCAUAUAUUUUUAUUCUCUCUCAAGCCACACGGGUUUUCUCUUCUCUUUGCCCCUUGAUGGUAGUUUGCGUCUACGACAAUUCUAUAUACGGAGUACAUUAUCGCCUCUCCUUUAAUUCCUAGAAUGAGCAAUUUCCAACUGUGAAACAAUCCCCAAUCUCGCAAAAACGGAAAAUCAUUACCACGGACUGGAACUAUACCAUCUACGAUAGCUCCGAAUUGACAAGCAUUGAAUAGUCACCCGUUACCGACAGAUCAAACAGGCGGUUAGAGGUCCAUUACAGUUUGCCCAAUUGCCCGUACUUUAAUCCGCUACAAAUAAAUCCGGCAUUGCGCGCGCGGAAGGCCUCCUUUCAAUACCCGGCGCAUUUCGCUCAGGACUGGCUAGGAUUCCCAGGAUUACUUCGGGAAAGCCAUGGCUCCAAGGGGGCGCGGUGGGAAAAUAGUACUAGCAGGCAGCCCACAAACGCGAAGGACAAUUGGUGAAGGAGUUGGCUCAAGGUCAGUUGCAGCUGUCGCGGGCCCGUCGUCGAGGGGGGGAAGUACACGAGGGAAAGGCCGGGGACGCGGGGGUGGAAGAGGCGGUGCACGAGCGCGGAAUACUGAUAUACAACCUGGCGACCCUCUCCCUCUCCCGCGACGCCAUCGGUACAAACCCGGCACGCUUGCCCUCAAAGAAAUCCGCCGCUACCAAAAGUCCUGGGACCUCCUCCUCCUCAAGCUCCCAUUUGCGCGCCUCGUUCGUGAAGUAGCUGUCGACCUCCUGCCAGCCGGCGUCGGUGAGGAAUUACGAUGGCAGUCCCAGGCCAUCCAGGCUUUACAGGAAGCCGCAGAAGCGUUUCUCGUCCACCUAUUUGAGGACACGAAUCUGUGCGCUAUACAUGCCAAACGGGUCACCAUUAUGCAAAAAGACAUACAACUGGCCCGCCGGAUUCGGGGGGCAUGGGCAGGGUUAGGAUAAAUCUGGCCUUACCGAUAUGCCAGGACAAGUUUUGUUUUUUUUUUUGGGUGGGAAUGGAGUGGAGUGGGGAAGUUUGUAUAUAGACUCAUUUUUGCUACCCCCUCUGCGAUUUUAUUUUUUCAACUUUUCACCUUUGUUCAUCCUUCAGUUGGGCAUGCAUUGGGUCGGUCGUCUCGGUCGGGUAUAGCACUUGUAUUUCCCCCUCCUCAUUCUGGGCGUUAUUGGGAGAGGGCUGGAGGCACUGGUAAACUAUUGUUCUGCCAGGAAUUUUGUCGGGCGUGUUGGAGUUUUCCUUUUUGCCUUUUACUUUUUCUCAUCUUCCAUUCUCAUCUUGAAAUCACGAGAAAUUAAUACCGAGUGGAAAUAAACAGAAAGAGGGCGGCGCAGAGUUAUAAAACAAUGUUCGAUUGAUUGAUUGAAUUGUCUUUGCUAGGUAUCUUUAGAUGCUUGCUUUCAUUUCCUCCGUUUGAGCAAUUACACAGACCACAUCUUCAUUUUCUGUUUUCACUUGUGGUCAUUCCCUUCUUGAGCGUUUGUCUCCUUCUAUCUAAUACCUACUUCCGUCUCUCUGCUAUGCCGGCCAUCAGGGUCUAAUCAGAUAAUGUGCGUCACGGGGUUGGCCACGAUCACCUCUCCCUACGGAAGAAAUACUUUAUGUUUAAUCCACGGGAUUGCUAUGGAUGUGUAGCCCGUCCUGCUAACCCUAGUGAUAUGAACCAAGUAUAAAAACAUGACACGCUUACAACCGGAGCUAUUCAUCCAACUUGAUAUGCGUCUUUGAGCACAGGAGGAAGAUAGGGUGACAGGAAAAAAAUCCGUAAAAUAGCAUUGUAUUUCUCACGGAUUCAAGCACAGAAAACCAUUCCCAAAAUUUUAGAAACCCCACCGAGAAGAUAACGAGACGAGGGCCAAACGCCGGGCGGGAUCAUCAUCUCGCACCCCAAACCGGGCUGCUCAGGAUAAUAUCUAAUUCCAGUUCCACAAAAACGCCAGUCAUAGUAUGUCAUAAUCCGGGGUAUCUGGUAGUAAUCUC